CUGUUUACGGAAGUUGAACAAGGAGGACAGGAUGUCACAUGGCUAUGAAUCCUUAACACUGCUAACUAAUAACAUUUUAUAAUCGCGUUGUUGUGGUUUUCACAAUGUGCUCAAAGGCGGUGCAUUAUUAAAAUUGUUCGGAUAAAUGUGGGGAAAAAUAAAAGAAUCAGGAUGUUGAUGCCACUGCAGUGAGAAUAAACACUGCGGUUUGCAAUGGAGCUGGAGGCGGAUAUCCUAGAGUUCAGAGUCCCGACUGAAAACAACAAAACCAUUUUUAUUUGGGACAUACAGGCAUCUUUAUCCGAAUCGCAUAUUUAUGAGUCUCUGCGGAGUGUGUAUUCUGCCUUUGGUGCACUCUACCUGGUGAAGGUGUGUCCCAAUGCCUCAGUCGUCGCCCCGGGCUUUUAUGCACUGGUCAAGUUUUACUCUGCAGCGCAGGCGUCCAAGGCUCAAAGAGCCACCGAUAAACAGUGUCUGUUCCAGGAUGCUCCACUCAAAGUUAGGCUCAGCACAAAGCAGAAUCCAGCGUUCCUCUCUGCAGCCCAAUCCCUCAGCCAUGCUAAGUGCCAAGACUUGGCUAAUCAUUACCUGGGCUACAAUGGCUGGUCUACUCACAUCAUCACUGUGAAGGACAUAUCAAAGUGUGCGGAUGUCGGGUGGAGCUUGGAUCCAGGCAGCCAGGGAGAGCUGCUGAAAUACGGCUGUGUGAUGGAGCUGACUGUCCCUCAGCAUGGAGUGACGUGCCGCGGGGUUGGUGUUGCUGAGGAAGUGGUUGAUCAGGAGAAAGGUCCAGAGGAAAAGCUGUGGAAACGGGGGAAGCUCAUGAAACGGGCCAGAGAUAAAGCAGUUGUUGCAGCCUUUGAGAAAGUGUUGCUAAUAAUCCUCGCUAACGGAAAAGUCGCAGUGGAAUGCAGAACUGAUCGAGAGGAAAUUCUGCCGGAUGAGAAUGUCGAGGGAGUUAUCCAAGUUAAUGACAUUUCAUGGAGUGACUUUGAGGUUGGUUCAGCAGAGGAAGAUGAUUUACCGUGGAACUUCACAACAGACGAUUCUCAUUAACUUUCACUUGUGUUUAAGGAUAAAUCUACACGUUAUUGACCAACCACUGUCAGACCACUGAAAAAGAAACUGAGCAACUGACAAACUAGAGUUCAUUAGAUUUGUAAGGGUUUCUUUUUGUGGGUAAUAAAAAGUAUCUCAGAUCUCUCAUCGGCGUCGAAUUUGAUUUGCAACAAAUAUAUGGACAUCUUUUCUAAAUACAAAUGAAUACAGCUUUGCAAAA